ACAGGUAUAACUGGGAUAAUGGUCUGAAACCUGACCUCAGGCCGGAGCUGAUGCCGUUAUCCUCUGACAUGAGCCAGGCACACAACUACCGCCACAACAACUUCUCCACCAUCAAAUCAGCAUCACUUGUAACCAAGCAGAUCCAUCAGCACGAGCAGGAGAAUGAGCUGCGGGAGCAGAUGUCAGGUUAUAAACGGAUGAGACGGCAGCACCAGAAGCAGCUGAUCGCUCUAGAGAACAAGCUGAAGGCAGAGAUGGACGAACACAGACUGAAGUUGCAGAAGGAGGUGGAGACUCAGGCCAACAAUGCCUAUAUAGAGCUAGAGAAACUGGCCAAGAGACACACCAUCCACUGUGAAAAAGAGAUGAAGACAAUGUCAUCAGAUGAGAAGAAGUUCCAGCAGCAGAUCGUGUCCCAGCAGAAGAAGGAGCUCACCACCUUCCUAGAUAAUCAGAAGAAGCAGUAUAAGCUCUGCAAGGAGAAGAUGAAAGAGGAGAUGAAUGAAGACCACCACACCACUAAGAAGGAGAAGCAGGAGCGCAUGUCCAAGCACAAGGAGAACCUGCAACACAGCCAGGCUGAGGAGGAGGCCCAGGUUCUGAGCCAACAGAGGGUCUUCUAUGACAGGAACUGCAGAAGCUUCAAACGCAAAGUCAUGAUCAAGAGGCAUGCGUUGGAACAGGAGCAGAUACGAGAGGAGCUGAACAAGAAGAAGACCCAGAAGGAGAUGGAGCAUGCCAUGCUGAUCAGACAUGACGAGUCCACCCAGGAGCUGGAGCAUCGUCAGCUGAAAACCCUUCAGAAGCUCCGCAUGGACCUGAUCCGCCUGCAGCACCAGACAGAACUGGAGAACCAGAUAGAAUACAACAACCGGCGCGAGAGAGAGCUCCGCCGCAAGCACGUUCUGGAGCUACGGCAGCAGCCCAAGAACCUUAAGGCCAUGGAGCUGCAGAUUAAGAAACAGUUCCAGGACGCGUGUAAGGUCCAGACGCGUCAGUACAAGGCCCUGAGACACCACCAGAUGGAGGUGACGCCCAAGAGCGAGCACAAGGUGGUCCUCAAGGCCCUGAAGGAGGAGCAGACCAGGAAGCUGGCCAUCCUGGCCGAGCAGUACGAACAGAGCAUCAACGAGAUGAUGGCAUCGCAGGCGCUGCGUCUGGACGAGGCCCAGGAAGCCGAGUGCCAGGCUCUGAGGCAGCAGCUGCAGCAGGAGAUGGAGCUGCUGAAUGCCUACCAGAGUAAGAUCAAGAUGCAGACCGAGGCCCAUCAUGACAGAGAGCAGCAGAAGCUGGAGCACAAGGUGUCGCUUCGCAGAGCCCACCUCGAACAAAAGAUUGAAGAGGAGCUGGCUUCCCUUCAGAAGGAGCGUACAGAGAGGAUCAAGCACCUACUGGAGCGCCAGUCGAGAGAGAUUGACACGUUCGACAUGGAGAGUCUCCGUCUGGGCUUUGGUAACCUGGGGGCCCUGGACCCCCCCAAGGACGACUACAGAUGACUAGACCAACCCUGGUAACCCCCCAAGGAUGACUACAGAUGACUAGACCAGCCCUGGACCCCCCCAAGGAUGACUACAGAUGAAUAGACCAGCCCUGGUAACCUGGACCCUCAUGGAUGACUACAGAUGACUAGACUAGCCCUGGUAACCUGGGGCCCUGGACCCCCAAGGAUGACUAUAGAUGACUAGACCAGCCCUGGUAACCUGCCCCCCCCCCCCCCCCCCCCCCCCCCAAGGAUGACUAGACCAGCCCUGGUAACCUCCUCACGACCUGUCUGUCGAUCUUCAUCCUCUGGUCUGACCCUCUUCCUCCUCAUCCCCCUGACCUGGUCUGGUUUGACCAGUUAGGGUCUUUAGUCACUGAUUCUCACACAUUAACACACACCAGCCCAGUGCUAGUCUAAUGCCAACGGGGCCCCCAAUCGUUUUUUUUUUUUUUUUACUAGGCAAGUCAGUAAAUUUGUUACAAGAUGACAAAAAAAAUGCUGGAUAACUUCCUAGGCUUUCUUUCUUUUAAAGAAUAACAAUACAAUGUCAGUGUUUCUGUUUCUUGUGCAGUGAUGGCACUUGUAGUGUGACUAAGCAGAAACCAGAGAGGGAGAAUAAGACAGAACGAGCAUGAAGAUACAAGUGAAUAAUGUUGUGUUGCUCAUUGAUCACACAUUAGAGGUUAAUAAUUGGUUAAAGCUGUGCAAAAACUUCAAGCCCAAAAACAAACUGAUCCUUCUGCAGCCUUGUCAUCUUCUUGGCGCUGCUUCCAGUUCCUUCAACUCUUUUUUUAGAUUUAUAUUCAUCAGGACAUUUUUAUGUAAAAAUGUUAAGUCAUAAUGUACAUAUUGGUACGCGAAUCAAUUUGAUUAUUAACUUGACUUGGGAGGGGCAAUGCACCCUGGUACUCCACUUUAUUGCACUGGCAUGUAAUGUGAAUAUUACAUGGUUACGUCUGGAAUUGCACCCUAUUCCCUAUGUAGUGCAGUACUUAUAGGGCAAUGGUUAGUGCACUAUAUAGGGAAUAGGGGUGUGAUUUGAGACGGCGACCAUGUGAAUCCCUACUCCCAGGUAGCACAAAGGGCUUUGUCGCAGGGGGAGGGACAUGUAUAUAGAACAAUUUAUGUAGAGCUUUUACUUAUUUUCGUAUUUUAAUUGUUAUUCAAAUAUUUCUUUUUUAAUGGAUGAUUUCUCUCAUACUCCUCAAUGUUUCUUUCUCUUGUCAUUCUUUUUGCUUUAAAAGCUGCGGAGUAUUUUCUUAUAAACCAGAUCAGUAAAUAAAUGCUUUAUCAUUGCAUGCUUUUUCAUUUUGUUUUCCAGGGUUAAGAGAAAGCAUGAAUCUGUCAGAGCUUUUAAUUAUAUUUGUAAAUAAAGUGCUCAUCACAACA